UUUAUUAUUUUUAUGUGUAUGUGUGUAUUUUGCUACAUGUAGGUACGUGCGCCCCGGUCGUGCAAUGCCCGCCGAGGUCAGAAGAGGGCAUUGGAUCCCAUGGAACUGGAGUUAGGGACGGUUAGCCACCGUGUGGGUGCUGGGAAUCGAACAUGGGUCCUCUGCAAAAGCAACUAGAGCUCUUAACCGCUGAGCCAUCCCUCCAGCUCCACACUCGCCUUAAGACACACCCCCACUGCCCACCCCCAUCCUGGUAUGUAAGUUGUUUUGAGUACUGGUCUUGGGUUCCUCCAUGCAACAACCAGGUAGGGUUUUCUUCGCAGGAUAUCAGCUUACGAGGUCCCCAGAGCCCCACAGUCCCGCACACAACCGCUCCAUCCCGCGACCUCGGCCAGGCCCCGCCCUCGUAUACACAAACGAGCCACGUAGACAACAGUAUUACCCAGAGCGCCCUCCCAGCAUCCGGUACCCACCCACUAGGCGCUCUUCCGGUUCCGCCCCUCGGGGCGACCACGGCUCGCUGCCCCUGUCUCUAUGCUACCAACUUCCGCCGCGAUCCACCUAUCGCGGGACUUUGGCGGCGCAGCAAUGGCAAGGCUAUGCCGCGACACUGCUCCGCCGCCGGCUGCUGCACACGGGAUACGCGCGAGACUCGCAACCGCGGCAUCUCCUUCCACAGACUUCCCAAGAAGGACAACCCGAGGCGCGGCUUGUGGCUGGCCAACUGUCAGCGGCUGGACCCCAGCGGCCAAGGCCUAUGGGACCCGGCCUCUGAGUACAUCUACUUCUGCUCCAAACACUUCGAGGAGAACUGCUUUGAGCUGGUGGGAAUCAGUGGGUAUCACAGGCUGAAGGAAGGGGCAGUCCCCACCAUAUUUGAAUCCUUCUCCAAAUUGCGCCGGACAGCCAAGACCAAGGGGCAUGGUUACCCACCUGGCCUGCCUGAUGUCAGCCGGCUGCGGCGAUGCAGGAAGCGCUGCUCUGAAGGCCAAGGACCCACAACUCCAUUUUCUUCACCUCCUCCUCCUGAUGUCAUCUGCUUUCCUGUGGAAGAGGCUUCAGCACCUGCCACUCUGCCUGCAUCCCCAGCUGUGAGGCUGGAGCCUGGCCUUAGCAACCCCUUCUCAGAUCUUCUGGACCCUCUAGGUGCUCAGGCAGAUGAAGCUGGCUGUAGUGCCCAGCCUUCACCCGAGCGCCAGCCUUCCCCUCUAGAACCGCGGCCUGUCUCCCCAUCUGCCUACAUGUUACGCCUGCCACCACCUGCUGGAGCCUACAUCCAGAAUGAACACAGCUACCAAGUGGGGAGUGCCUUGCUCUGGAAGAGGAGGGCUGAAUCAGCUCUUGAUGCCCUGGACAAAGCCCAGCGCCAACUGCAGGCCUGCAAGCGGCGGGAGCAAAGGCUGCGGCUGAGGCUGACCAAGCUGCAACAAGAGCGGGCACGGGAGAAGCGGGCACAAGCAGAUGCCCGCCAGACCCUGAAAGAGCAUGUGCAAGACUUUGCCAUGCAAUUGAGUAACAGCAUGGCCUGAGAAGGGACUACCCACCAAGGUUCUGGUCUCUUCCUCAGAAUCUGCCAGGAAAGGGACUUGGUCUGAACUGCAUCCUCCAGAGCUGCCAGUGUCACAAUAAAGUGGAUGCUAGAAAGAGAGCCUGCUGUCUGGCUCAGCUGGGGUGCCAGGGUUCUCCCCAGACAGUGGCCAAAGCCUCAGAGGGUUCAGACCCUGGCACCCAGCCUCUUAGCUGUGGGGAGCUAACCACUUUUGUUCACAGCUCCUCUGCUUAUGUAGUUUGUUACCCACAGUGUUCUCUAAAGGAAUAGGAUGUUAUGAGUAGAAGGUGGUACCUGGCACCCUUUGAGUCCUAAACAGUCUUGACAUAAGAAGGCCAGCCCCUUUGAGUCCAUUCGUAAAAGCUAAUCCAGUCCA